ACACAAGCCGGAAGUAGAUUAGUGUGGGGUGGGAUCAGAGUGCAGCAAGAGUUUUGACACAUUCCUGUAGGCCUUUCUGUGAAUAUUUCUGCUUUUACGUCAAAUUCUACUUACAGGUAGCCGUCAUGAGUCUUCAAUGGACGGCCGUGGCAACGUUUCUGUAUGCUGAGGUGUUUGCUGUACUACUUCUAUGUGUCCCCUUCAUCUCCCCAAAACGAUGGAGCAAAUUUUUCAAGUCUAGACUGGUCACUGUCAUCACGACGUAUGGAAACACUGCCUUCAUCGUCAUCAUUUGUAUUCUUGUCUUUCUGCUCGUAGAUGCAUUUAGAGAAAUAAGAAAAUAUAGUUUGACAGAGAAAGUGGAUCUGAGCAACAACCCCGUGGCCGUUGAGCACAUCCACAUGAAGCUCUUCAGAGCCCAGAGGAACGAAUACAUCGCCGGCUUCGCUCUGCUCCUGUGUUUGCUUUUGAGACGUCUGGCCACUCUGCUGUCUCAGCAGGCUACACUGAUGGCCUCUAAUGAAGCCUUUAAAAAGCAGGCAGAGGGAGCAAAUGAUGCUGCGAAGAAGUACAUGGAGGAAAAUGAGAAACUGCAGGAGGUGAGAGAGUUGUGCAUGAAAAUGCCAGCUUUCAAGGUGCGGUUACCUUUACCUGGUACCUGGUUAAUGACCAGUGGUGUAACUACGGGACGUGUGGCUCUUCAGAAGUCAGACAGCGAUGUGAAGGCCAUGAAGAAGCAGGCUGAGAACCUCACAGUGGAGUACGACCGUCUGCUGGAGGAACACGGCAGACUGCAGGCCAUAUGUGACGCUCAACAGGACAAGAAGUCAGACUGAACGAAAACCAUCAUGCACCUGCUCUCUUUCCUGCAUCCUCAUUGGCUGAUAGCAGCUCAGCUGGGCAGCGCAUCACUUCUCUGGCUGUGGAAGAACAGGGUUCCGUUCUUCAUUCAUGCGCUUUCACGUGAUUCAUUAAAGCCUCUGUAGGGUUUUCACACACUAUAAAAUGUUUUCUUUCCAUUUUUGUUGAGAGCAUUUGGUGUUUAAAUUUUAUUUCAAGUGUUUUGGUUAUAAAAUAUCAGAAUGAGUAUUAACAUUUCUUGAUUCGUGUCAGUUUAUGUCAGAUACAUUGAGCCUAACCCAUGAAACACAAGCAGAGUGAAUUUCUGUGGACAAAUCAUUCUUACUUAAAGGAGUAGUUCACCCAAAAAUGAAAAUUUGAUGAAAAUUGACUCAUUAUCAGGCUAUCCAAGACUAAUUUGUUAUCCAAGAACAUAUUUGAAGUAAGUUUGAUAUUAAAAACGCAUCACACAUCUUGCAAACAAGCAUUACAUGUCACAAGAUGUUAACUGAUGGACUGGAGUGGUGUGUAUUACUUGUGGUUUAUUGUGAUGUUUUUA